AUGGGUGGACAACAUCCAGAUGUUGACUCGAAUUCUGAGGAGCGAGCUGCGAAGCGAAUUAAGAUUGACGACGCAGGUGCUGCUCAGGACCGCAACGGAGAAAAUGGCCAAGAGACGGCUCAUGCUCCUCAGAACGGCACUCAUGUAGAGCAUUCACAGCCGGAGCCCGAAGUUCAGAAACCAUCGGAAGAGAAUGGCGAACCCACAGAUAGGGUCAAGGGCAUGGCUCCCAUCAAGAAAGAGUAUCUCAUCGAUAUGUCAGGGAAUCAGAAUGAGCGCUCUAGUGCUGUGGAUGACGAUGCUGCUGAGGGUCGAGGUUCAAAUGACCGAGACCAGAGGGAUGGACAAGAUUCGAGAGAUCGAGGAAAGAAGGGCAAGAAGAAGGCGAAGGGUCAGAAUAUUGAUCGUUCAUUUGGAAGAUUUGACGAUGCUAUUCCCCUCUGCAACAGCAGGGCUUACUCUUCAGAAUUCUCACCCAAGGAAUGUCCGUAUGGUGACGGGUGCAAAAUGUGCCACGAUCUACGCAAAUACCUUAGCGAGGGCCGUCGCGAAGAUGUCGAGGCCCUCGGCGGAAAAUGCCCUGCAUUCGAGGCAUAUGGCUACUGUGCUUCAGGCUGGAAGUGCCGAUUUGUUAAGAGCCAUAUGCAAGAAAUUGAGCACGCAGAUGGCAGGAAAGAGCUGGUUUUGAGCGACAACCGCCCGCCCAAGGGCUCGAAAUUUGAGGACAGGGGAAAAAGUGAAGAUGAACUACGACCUGGAAUCUUCAACGUUGUCACCAUGGGCCAGAAGAUUGAACUGAACCGCAAGAGACUCGACUUUACCAAGACGGACCAAUACAUCCAAUGGCUGAACCACGAGGCUGGCAUUAGUCAAGACUUUCAUCACCGCCGCAAAGAUCAACCAGCGUUAGGAAUCGAAGACCUUCGAGCUCGAUUUGUCGACCCCCCGUUCAAGCCCUCCGAGAAGCGCCGCCUGUAUUUUGGCCCAGAGACUCCAACUCUUGCUCCCUUGACAACCCAGGGUAACCUCCCAUUCCGACGUCUAUGUGUAGAGCUCGGCUGCCAGGCCACCUACUCGGAAAUGGCUUUGGGAAUGCCCCUGCUUCAGGGCUCCAAGCCUGAUUGGACCCUGAUGCGUGCACACAAGUCUGAGAUUACGCCCCCCAAGAUGAACCCAGGAGCGAUCCCGUUGUUCGACGACUAUAACCAUUCGCGCGAUCUCAAGUUUGGCGCCCAAAUCUCGGGCAGUGCUCACUGGGUUGUAACCAAGGCCGCUGAUGUGCUCAACCGCUACUGCCCCCAUCUCAGAGUAAUUGACCUCAACUGCGGCUGCCCAAUCGACAAGGUCUUCAAAUCAGGUGCUGGAUCUGCGCUCCUAGAUGCCAGUGGCAAGAUGGAGCGUAUGAUCAGAGGCAUGAAUGCUGUGUCUGGUGAGAUUCCCAUCAGCGCCAAGAUUAGGACUGGAGUUCGCAAGGAUCGCUCCACUGCUACUCAAAUCAUUGGCAAGCUGGCCUUUGGAUCUCGCGAGCACCGCGAGCGACUUGGUGCCCCUGGGUGCGCAGCGCUUACUCUUCACGGCCGCAGCCGCGAGCAGCGGUAUACCAAGACGGCAGACUGGGGCUACAUCGGCGAAUGUGCUGCCCUCAUCAAGACAUACAACGAUGAAAAAGCCAAGAUCACCGACACUAUUGCUGAGCCAGAUGAGAGCACCCUGUCAAAUGCCAAAGACGGGCGCAUGUACUUCCUCGGCAACGGCGACUGCUAUUCCCACGUCGACUACUACGAGCACAUUGAGAAGGCUCGCGUCGACACGGUCAUGAUUGGCCGUGGAGCCCUCAUCAAGCCCUGGAUCUUUGAGGAAAUUGAAAAGGGCCAAUACCUGGACAAGUCUUCCACCGAACGCCUCGGCUACAUUGAAAAGUUUGUCAAAUAUGGUCUCGAGGCGUGGGGCUCGGACGAACUGGGCAUUGGUUUCACCCGACGCUUCCUCCUCGAGUAUCUCAGCUUCGCGCACCGCUACGUGCCGAUUGGUUUACUGGAGCACCUGCCUCCGCGAUUGAACGAUCGGCCGCCGGCGUACAAGGGCAGAGAUGAGAUGGAGACGUUGAUGGCGUCUGACAAUUACAAGGACUGGAUCAAGAUAAGCGAAAUGUUCCUCGGACCCGUUCACCCAGGAUUCCAGUUCCAGCCCAAGCACAAGUCGAAUUCCUAUGAAGCUGAGGGCUAG